AUGCAGGCCGUCAACCGUAUACGCGGGGCGUUUGCCGUCCCCCGCAAGGGCGAGACGUUUGAGCUGCGCGCUGGCCUGGUCUCGCAGUACGCCUUUGAGCGCAAGGAGGCCAUCCAGAAGACCAUCAUGGCCAUGACGCUCGGCAAGGACGUGUCGGCGCUGUUCCCCGAUGUGCUCAAGAACAUUGCAACGAGCGACUUGGACCAGAAGAAGCUGGUGUACCUGUACCUGAUGAACUACGCAAAAUCACAUCCCGACCUGUGCAUUCUCGCCGUCAACACCUUUGUGCAGGACUCCGAAGACCCCAACCCGCUGAUUCGCGCGCUCGCCAUCCGCACCAUGGGCUGCAUCCGCGUCGACAAAAUGGUCGACUACAUGGAGGAGCCUCUGCGCAAGACCCUGCGUGACGAGUCGCCCUACGUGCGCAAGACCGCCGCCAUCUGCGUCGCCAAGCUCUUCGACCUCAACCCGUCCAUGUGCAUCGACAACGGCUUCCUCGAGAUCCUGCAGGAGCUCAUCGGCGACCCCAACCCCAUGGUCGUCGCCAACUCGGUCCAGGCCCUGUCCGAAAUCACCGAAACCGCCCCCGAGACCCACGCCCUCGUCGUCACCCCGACCACCCUCAAGAAGCUGCUCAUGGCCCUCAACGAGUGCACCGAGUGGGGCCGCGUCACCAUCCUCAGCACCCUGGCCAACUACCCGCCCAAGGAUGUCAAGGAGUCGGAGCACAUCUGCGAGCGCGUCGCGCCGCAGUUCCAGCACGUCAACCCGAGCGUCGUGCUGGCGGCCGUCAAGGUCGUCUUCAUCCACAUGAAGACCAUCAACGCGGAGCUCGUGCGCCAGUACCUCAAGAAGAUGGCGCCGCCCCUCGUCACGCUGGUCGCCAGCGCCCCCGAGGUGCAGUACGUCGCCCUGCGCAACAUUGACCUGCUGCUGCAGGCCAAGCCCGACAUCCUGAGCAAGGAGAUGCGCGUCUUCUUCUGCAAGUACAACGACCCGCCGUACGUCAAGCUGCAGAAGCUCGAGAUCAUGGUGCGCAUCGCCAACGACAAGAACUUUGAGCAGCUGCUGGCCGAGCUCAAGGAGUACGCGCUCGAGGUCGACAUGGACUUUGUGCGCCGCGCCAUCAAGGCCAUUGGCCAGGUCGCCAUCAAGAUUGAGAACGCCAGCGAAAAGUGCGUCACCGCUCUCGUUGAUCUCAUGGCCACCAACGUCAACUACGUCGUCCAGGAGGUUGUCAUUGUCAUCAAGGACAUUCUGCGCAAGUACCCGGGCUACGAGGGCGUCAUCCGCUCCAUUGUCGAGCACAUUGACGAGCUCGACGAGCCCAACGCCCGCGGCUCCUUAAUAUGGAUUGUCGGCGAGUACGCCGAGAAGAUUAGCAACGCCGACGACAUCCUCACCGGUUUUGUGGACGGCUUCAUGGAGGAGUUCACCCAGACCCAGCUGCAGAUCCUGACCGCCGUCGUCAAGCUGUUCCUCAAGAAGCCCAGCGCCAACCAGUCGCUCGUCCAGCGCGUCCUGCAGAUGGCCACCGCCGAGAACGACAACCCGGACAUUCGCGACCGCGCCUACGUCUACUGGCGCCUGCUGUCGGGCGACCUGGACGUCGCCAAGUCCAUUGUCCUGUCGCAGAAGCCCGCCAUCUCCACCACCAUGACGUCCCUGCCCCCGGCCCUGCUGGAAUCGCUGCUCGCCGAGCUGUCCACGCUGGCGUCGGUCUACCACAAGCCGCCCGAGUCGUUUGUUGGCAAGGGCCGCUUCGGUGCCGACGAGAUCCAGCGUGCCGCCAUCCAGGAGCAGCGCCAGGACGCCGCCGAGAACCCCAUUGCCGCCUCCGUCGCUGCUGCCGCCGCCGCCGCCAACGGUGGCCACGCACCGCCCCAGAGCAACGUCGAGAACCUGCUGGACAUUGACUUUGACGGCGCCGCGCCGGCGUCCGCCGAGGCUGGCGGCGCCAGCACGCCCGACCGCACCGGCAGCCCUUCUGUUGCAUCGCCGUCGGCCUCGCCGCCACCGCCGUCCGCCGGCCCCGGUGGCAUCGCCGACAUGAUGGGCCUCUUUGAUGCACCGUCCGCCAGCGCCUCUUCGCCGGCGCCGCCGCCUGGCAUGAACGACAUCCUGGGCGGCUUCGGCAGUCUGGACCUGAAUGGUGCUGGCCGUGCCACGGCACCUCCACCGCCCGGUGCGCAGCUUCAGCAGCAGCAGCAGCAGUCGAGUGGAGGCGGCGGCAAUGGCGAUUUGCUGGGGCUGUUCUAG